AUGGAGUAUAGGGCUUAUUGGGCAAUCAAACAACUCAACAUGGAUGUUAAGUUAGCCGGUGAGAAGCGGCUACUACAGUUGAGUGAGCUAGAUGAGUUUUGGUUGCAAGCCUAUGAGAGUGCCUGUAUUUACAAGGAAAAGACUAAGCGAUGGCACGAUAGUCACAUUCUUCAGAGAGAGUUCGCAUUGGGCGACAAGGUUCUACUAUUUAACUCUAGACUUAAGCUAUUUCCUGGAAAACAUAAGUCUAGGUGGUCUGGGCCGUUCACUGUGGCUAUGGUUAGUAAAUUCGGGUCAGUCGAAGUGGAAAACAAAAAUGUACAAAAUUCUUGCAUUAGAGAGGUGAGGAGAGGGCAUUUUACUGUUUGGGCAUUUAAUGAUGUGCAGAUUUAA